ACACACAGUUGAGCAAAUGGGUGAAGCUAUUGCACCUGAAGGUGAUAGAUCCCGGGCAGCAAGUACACCAAGACAACAAGGUAGACCACUAAGACCAGCAGAUCAUGAUAUUGAUAUAACAACAAGGCCAACAAAGAGAGACUCUGAUAUAGAACUCACACCAGAAGACAGCCUAGAAAUCAAAAAGGGUAAAGAAGACAAACGAGCAGCUAUCGGACUACCGCAUCAAGGCAAUGGUGAGCCGAGCGAGCGGGAAAUGCGGCAUGUAAACGAGAAUGCUCUACACAUUUCUGGAUUGAGUGGAGUCAGUGACAUCAUCGCUGAGGUCAUCGCAGAGGGUGACGUGGAUGCUAAUGAGUUUGGGAUCACGGAACAGCAGAAACUAGCAGCUCAGCAGAAAAUACUGGACAGAAAAGAAGAGAAACUAUGGGAAUAUACAAGACUGAGCAACGAUGAGUUGAGAAACAUCUUCCAUCUCCCAAAACAAGUAGAUGAUACAGAUCCUGGUUUUGCAUCUGUGAAGCCAAUCAGAAGGUCCAUAGAAGACAGAGAAGAGUUACAAAGUUGGAUGUCUAAGAGAAAAGAAAAACAGAUGGCAGAAUAUAAACAAGCAUUAUUGGAACGCCGUCAAGCCGAGAGAGAACCUUACCAGCCACCCAAAGAGGAUAUAUUCAAGCCAUCAUCGAGUUUGAGAGAAAUAAAAAAAAAUGAAGGGAGUAGAAGGACUGUAAAAAGAACUACAAAAGACGAUGACAUCCAAGAGAGAGUGAAGGAUGCUUACAAACUGAUGGGAGAGAUACUGGCUGAUAAACCAGACUUGCCCAAGGAACCAAUCAUUUCUACAUCCAGAACACACAAAAGUGCUGUGAGCACAACCACCGGGAAAAAAGACAUGGGCAGGGGCGAUCCAGAAAAAGUGACAAAGGCUAGAAAUUUACUGUAUAAAGAGGCUGUAAGAGUUGCAGGGGAAAACAAAGUGAGACAACCCAGGAGGUUUGAUGAGCAUGACAGAACGCUUGUCAGACCAGAUGAUUAUCUACAUUUACGCGACAGCUUUGAAAAGGACAGAGAAUAUGGACAAAUUCCAAAGUCUACUUAUCGAAUUGAUGAAAGUAGACAGGUUAGGUCGUAUUUGCCUGAACGCAGCAGAGAUCCAGUGCAUAGGUCAUUUGAUAGUGAGUCUACUGGGAUCACGUCUGCUUAUGCCAGACAACUGGAAAGGCAACUUAGUUUAGAUGUUGACAAGUCGGCUACUCUGGAAAGAAUUCCAGAGAGUUCAGAAAACAAGGAGAAUGAACCAAUGAAAGAUAAGUUGAUUGAAGAAGAAUAUUAUGAGUACAAACCUAAGUCUUACACACAGAUAGUGAAAAUACAGAGGCCGCAUAUUACUAGAAAACAGUCACAGAGAACUGUGAAGACGUAUUCUGAAAGGUUGGCUGACAUGAAGGCAUCAUCUUCUAGGAAACAUGACUCUGAUUCUCUGAGAGCAAAACAAAGACUGUAUGGUACUAAGAGAAUACCUGGUAGUGCCAAAACCGUUGCUGCUGGACCUCGUGUGGUGAAGACGUACACAGAGAGACUAGCAGAUAUGAGAAAACAAGGGGAGGCACAGACACGGCUGUUAAGACCGCAGAGAAGACCUGCGAAACGACCAAGUGUAAAUACAGCAUGCUCUUCCCUACAAGACAAGGCAUCCGAAAUGAGUGGUUUGAGUUUCAGUGAAAUGGAUUACAUUGACGGAGAUGAAUACACGUCCAUGGUGGACAUCCAUGAACUUGAGGAUAUAGCAUCAGUUGGUAGUGGUAGUAUUAUCAGUGAUAUUGAUUGGUCUGUUAUUGAAAAGAUGGUUGCAGAUGUCAAGUAA